AUGGAGGUAUUCAUGCAGGGAAUUCCAUUCAGCAUGGAACAACCCCAGCUCAAGGAACUCCUAGCAAGUGUCUUCCACGGCGCUGCCUACUCUGAUCACUCUCCUCAGCCUCUGAACUUCGAAGUCCGCAUAUACCGCAAGGUGACCAAGCGGGGCACCAGAAACGGCGUCAUCACAGUCCCCACCACGGAGAUCGGUGAGCAGUUCCUGCGAGAGUAUGGUCAAGGUUCACCCCGGAGGCGCAACACUUUCGACAGCAUCGUUUUCGCACGCGGUAUACACACGCCAAAUCGUCGAGUCCUCGAGACGGUGCAGCAGACUCCGUACAGGCCUUCGGCGGGGCUUACACAGCCCAGGUAUGACACGGCCAGCGUGUCGAUCCAGCGACUUCAAUUCGGAUGGAUCUGCCGAGACGAAGAGUAUUCUGUGGAGUGGGAGAAGAAGUUCACCAUCCAGGGUUCUGCAUACCUGAGGUACAACGAAGGCAGGCGACAAUUUCAGAUGAUAGCGAUGGGACAUGAUUGCACGCGCUAUAUGGCCAUUCGUCCUCCGCAGGUGUACUGGACCGCCGCAACACCGGACCAAUACGGCGAGUCGUCGAUCUUCUUUUACCUCCUCUAUCCUCCCUCAUUCGAGGAGGGUCCCGUGGACCCGGAUUUCUUGGAGUCACUCGGAGAGGACACAUAUGGACAAUACGAGAAUCUGAGAAUGUUACUCGAGGAGACGAAGAUAUGGCGGCUCCGGAAAUCGGGCUUUGACGAUACUCACGUUCCCAUUGCGCCCUACACCUCCAUCGCUGUGCGGCUGGUGUGCAAGUCUGCGUCAGACGUCGCCCUCUAUAGGGUCCUGUGCCGGCAGGCUCACCUAACCGUUGACUCAUCUGCGUACACAGUGGUUCAUCGCGGGCUCUUCGCCAGAUCUGUUCAGGACGUCUAUCGACCCUGGGUAGCCAAUUUGGACUUUGCAGUUGCGUCUCAGGUCGAGUCGUUGUUGCGGAAACGCCUCGUGGACAUGCAAGAAAUCGUGCGAUACCUGCGUCCGAGCAUCGACGAUCUGAUGUCGAAGCACGGCCCCCAUGUGACGCGCACUGUGCUCGCUGACCUGAAGACGCGACUCGAAGCCCGUCUUUGGUACGGCGACGGGACUCCGUUGAUGCCCCACGCCGACCUCUUCCUCUGCACCCACGUUCAUAUCACCCCUACCACCAUCAUACCCGAGGGCCCCUUUCCUGAACAGUCCAACCGAGUAAUACGUAAAUACUGGGACAAUAGGGACAACUUCAUUCGGGUUCACUUCACGGACGACAACAGACUCGCCUACCGCUACGAUUCCGAGCUCAAUCUCCAGCGUUUGAUUGAGGAACGUGUCAAGCACUUCCUUGUCAAGGGCGUCACCGUCGCUGGGAGGCAUUUCCAGUUCCUCGGCUACUCACAAUCUGCGCUGAAGAGCCACUCGGUGUGGUUCGUCAGGCCGUUCCAGGCCGCCGAUGGCCGCACAAUAGAUGCAGCGGCGAUAAUCGCUGGCCUUGGAUCCUUCAACGACAACCCGUAUGAUCCCCAGCUCAUCUACUGCCCUGCUCGAUACGCUGCUCGCAUCUCUCAAGCCUUCAGCGCCACCGCCUCCUCUAUCACGGUCGCAGCGCACGAGAUGGAGAUUGUGGACGACAUCAAGGACAGGACGGACACCUACUCGUUCACGGACGGGAACGGGACGAUGUCCCUCCAGGUCGCGCGAGACAUAGCGGCCGAUCAGCGGUCGAAGAGCCGGGUCAGACGUGCGUGGCGAGGGUCCACCCCACGCGUUAUUCAAGUACGGGUUGCUGGAUCGAAGGGGAUGCUGCACGUCGAUCACAAACUCGAAGGCCGAAAGAUUCGCUUGCCCAGGUCCAUGGUCAAGUUCUCUGCUCCUACCUCCAAUCAAAUUGAUAUCGCGCAGGUAUUCGAGGAGCCGUCUCGGUUCAACCUCAACCGGCCGAUGAUCAUGCUGCUCAAAGGCCUCGGGGUCCCGUACGAGGCCUUCAAGAGACUUCAGGACGACGCGGUACGCCAAACCCAUACGCUCACAGAGUCGCUGGCGAAUUCGAGAUGGCUGCUUGAGAUGAAUGGCCUUGGCGGCUCGUUCAAGAUCGCGUCCAUUGUUGGCCAACUCCACAAACUCGGUGUGACCGUCGCGCAGUUGACAGAGUCCGGCUUCUGGCAGCGGAUGAUGACGUUCGCGGUUAACCACAUUCUCCGAGAACUCAAGGACCGCGCUAGCAUUCCCGUGCCCGGAGGAUGGACCCUAGUAGGGGUCGCCGAUAUCCAUGGUCAGCUGCGGGAAGGGGAGAUAUACGCAUGCGUACAGACUUCAGACAAUCGAAAGACCUAUCUCGAAGGACCUACCUUGAUCACCCGCUCGCCGGUCAUUCAUCCAGGCGAUAUACAGGUCGUGCAUGCGAUUGGAAGGCCACCAGUGGGAUCGGAUCUUGCUCGGGGACGACUGAAGAAUUGCGUUGUAUUUUCCACGCGAGGAACCAGGCCUCUUCCGUCGUACCUCGGAGGAGGAGAUCUCGACGGUGAUAUGUAUCACGUCACUUGUGUGCCGCAGGACCUGUUACCACCGACAGCAAGCUGCGACAGUCCUGCUUCGUAUAAUCCGGCGAAACGUAAAAUACUGAACCGGCCGAGUACCAUGCAAGAUGUCGCCACAUUCGUAGCAGAGUUCAUCAUCAGUGACAACGUCGGUCUCAUUGCAUCGACGUGGCUGACACUCGCCGACAACGUAGGAAUACUCGAUAGAGAUUGUCUCCGCCUCGCAGAGCUACACAAUGCCGCAGUCGACUAUCCUAAGACCGGGUUGCCAGUUGAUAUCAACGCCAUUCGGCCCAUACAACGCCGCGUCUCACAAAAGCCAGACUGGUAUACUUUCGAGGCCACCGUCAGCUGGACCCCUCAAUAUUAUCAGAGCAAUAGCGCUCUUGGCCGACUCUUCCGUGCUAUCGACCUGCCGGCCCUUGAGGAGCGUAGUACGGAGACGUCCCACUUUGACUCGCCCGAGAUAGAUGAAGAGAACGGGAUAACACUAGCCGAUGUUCUCGCCGACGUACGGACCAAACCGCAUUUGCCGGUGGGGCGCGAUGACUUCGACGAGUCAUUGGCGAGCAAGUGCUGGAACCUGUUCACCGUCUACGCAUCCCGUCUUCGAGGAACAUGCGCAUCGCAUACAGUCUCAGCGUCGCGCUCGGCCAUGCUCUCGGAAGAGGAGGUCGUCAUUGGGACCAUAUCAGCGAAGAGCGCACAGGCCCGAAAGCGCGCGGACAUGAUCGAGAAAGUCCGGGAGCAGACGGCGACGCUUGUGAACGGUAUCAGCGCAGAGUUGUCUGGCGGUGGACACCUGGACGCGGCGACACGCUUAGAACAAGCCUGGAUGGCGUACAGGGUCUCGUGCACGCUAUCGGGAUGGUUUGGAGGGCAGAGCUUUGCGUGGAUCGCAUUGGGGGGAGGUCUUUGA